GGCCUGCACGAUUCUCGGAAUACGGCUCGCCUGGCUUGGAAGAUGAUUCGUGACGGGUGUGUAAUGAAAAUCACAAAAUCAUUAGAUAAGGCAACUCCGGCGAAGAAUUCCCUGGCCAAAUUUGGGGGUGGGAAACCCACCCAGGGUGGCCCUUUGGGAAACAACUCUCUUGUCAAAGCGCCACCGUUGGACGAAAGCGAAAAGGAAGUCCCCCCUGAAAGCGAGGGAAAAGAGGAAGACCUGCCACCAGAGACGGUCCGCGUGGGCUUGUUUGAGGACGCCCCUCUCGCAUCUGGAAAGAGCGCCAAACAGAACCUAACCCCGUCCAUCGGAAGACCCCGCCGGCCUCUGGGUAAUCUUCAGCACCCCUGCUAUAGGCCUUUAGGCCUUCAAAGUUGGGGGAACAAGGACCAACUCAUUUCAAACCCUUCCAUGCCCAAUCGAAGGCUAGUUUUGGUCCCCACAACACUUUCCACUGUCACCGUAUCCGAGACCGACAUCAGCACCACUCCAGAUUGUCUGUCCAUGUUGGCCGACUGGGAGGACGCCGCCAUCAUCCCUGAAAAGGAAGACGACUCGGAUUCAGAAUCCUCCCCCUCAAACCAUAACCCGCCAAUUAAGAGCGCCUUCGUGACAGAAGAUAGGGGCAAAUUGAUGAAUCGGGGAGAUGAACAUAGGACAGACGCUCGACCGAGUAGAGAGCUCUCAACAUGUGUUGUCUAUAAGAGUCCAAAUACGACUAUUUACAACCCAGGCCGAACUCCCAAGGAACCUUCAGAUGCUUCCGCGUUUAAGCUCCCGGUUUUAACGGCGGAGGCCUCUUCCCUCAACCCACCAGGCAGAAAUCUUCUCGCCUCUUCGACCGAGGCCGUCAAGAGGAAGCCCUCCAGCCCCAGAUCUUUGCCACCGAGCAAAAAAACGCCGUUCAGCAUCUACGAGGACGGAAGCUCAACGUCGAGAAGCUUCCUGUCUCCCGGGGCCAAUCCGUGCAUCGUCUCUCCCGCCUUCUUGAACUCUCCGGGCAAUUUCAACUCGACUUUCCGUGUAGCGGAAACCGGGAGGGUGACUCCUCCUUUAUGUCGCUGUGGCCGAAGAGCUAGAAGGUUGAAUGUUUCAAACGGCGGCCCUAAUCAGGGCAAAGCAUUUUACAGCUGCCCGGUGAGAAAAUGCGAAAGGAAUACGAAGGGCUGCAACUAUUUCCGAUGGGAGCAUUCGCUUCUAAAGGAGAAAAUGUCCCUUCCGACUUCGGCUUUAGGGGCUGGGGGCUUAAAGCCGUUAAAAACUCAGGACCCCUCCCUGGGAAAUGUUCAACCAAAGUACCUGAAUCUCCGUCCUUCCAUGCGGACCUAG